UGCACUCAACUCCUCCUCCUCAAUUAUUUACAUUUGGCUGCGACUACACGAGGGACACAUCGCUUGUGAAUAACAACAGCUCAUUUUCAGAGAUUGUGGCUUUAAACAAGAACUAAAGCAGCCGUCGUUAAAGGUGUUGGUAUGUUAGCAUUUAUCAUUCAUUGGAGCCUACUGCUGAAGUUGGAUGUCUUCUGAAAUGACAAAGUGCUGCAAAUGAAGCCAAAACACGUCGAAGAUGCAAACCCUUCUAAAAUACGAAAGGUAGAAAUUGUACUAGAUAUUUCCACACAAUUUCGGGAUUAAUUUUAAUCGGCGAUGAGAGAAAAAUGGAUUUUCGGUGAAGUGCGCCUGCAACCUCCUCCAUCCUCAGGCCGAAAAGAAAAAACGUCGCGUUCAAUUUAACAGUGUGAUGACAGGCGUCUGACCAGUUGAAAAUUGAACACGAAACACUUUAGACGAGCGUUACAGAAGUGGCAUCCGUUGUUCAUGCGUGCUCAAAACUCUGGAAUUUUUUGUUCUAGGUCCGUUUCUGUACACUGGAGGAAAGGCUCUAGCAAUAAAAGAACAGCAAAGUAUUAACUUCUUAAUAUGAUUUAUAUUACGGAACAUCCAUGAGCGAAGACAUAUGAACCGUAAAAGGAGAGGACUGUAUCUUACGGAAGCCAACACGUUCUUUUCGCUCCCGUCCGCGAUGCUAUUCCACGGCCUGCCCGGAAGCGACAUUCACGGUGUGAUGGAAGAAAUGGAGCGGAGAGGGAAGAGUGAUUCGGCUGCUAUCAGCUCGGCCAUAGAUAUGGGCGAAAGAGAAACGAGCCUGCCGUCGAUGAGCGGUGAACGAGUGGCUCUGUGUGCGGGCUGCGGGGGAAAAAUAUCCGACCGCUACUACUUGCUUGCCGUAGACAAACAGUGGCACAUGCGCUGUCUGAAAUGCUGUGAGUGCAAACUCAAUUUGGAGUCCGAGCUCACCUGCUUCAGCAAGGAUGGAAGCAUCUACUGCAAGGAAGACUAUUACAGAAGGUUUUCGGUGCAAAGGUGCGCGCGCUGCCAUCUCGGGAUUUCAGCCUCGGAAAUGGUGAUGCGAGCUCGGGACUUGGUUUACCAUUUAAACUGUUUCACGUGCACGACGUGUAACAAAAUGCUGACAACGGGCGACCAUUUCGGUAUGAAGGACAGCCUCGUGUAUUGUCGUUUACACUUCGAGACGCUCGUGCAGGGGGACUACGGACACUUCAAUCACACAGAAGUGGCUCCAAAUAAAGCGCUGGGUACAGCGGGGGCGCUCGCGCUCUCCUAUUACAACGGAGUUGGCAGCGUACAGAAGGGACGCCCAAGGAAACGGAAAAACCCCGGUUCGGGAGCAGAUCUGGCCGCUUAUAACGCAACACUAAGCUGCAAUGAAAAUGAUGGGGAUCCCAUAGACAGAGAAUCUCACUACAGUUCUGGUCAGAAGACUAAGCGAAUGAGGACUUCCUUCAAGCACCAUCAGCUGAGAACCAUGAAGUCCUACUUUGCUAUCAAUCACAAUCCAGAUGCCAAGGAUUUGAAACAGCUGGCACAGAAAACAGGUCUUACGAAGCGUGUACUUCAGGUCUGGUUCCAGAAUGCCAGGGCCAAAUUCCGACGAAAUCUUCUGCGUCAGGAGAAUAGUGGAGUAGACAAAGUUUCAGAUGGAUCAACUUUAGCUGGUGGAACCCCAUCUGGUCCGGCAUCAGAAAUUUCAAAUACUUCUAUAAGCCCAUCAAGCACUCCAACUACACUGACAGACCUCACUAACCCCACAAUGCCCACUGUCAACUCUGUACUGACUUCUGUGCCAGGCACCCUGGAUGUGCAUGAGUGUCGAAGCCCUUCACAGGCAACACUUACCAGCCUCUUCUGAUGCUUGUCACUAGUGAUAAUCACCACAAACUCUUUUGGCUUUGCAAUUACAGAGAGCAUCCUUUCUGUCCUGGUGUGAAAGUUUUACUACUAGUCUGUACCACAUACACCAUACCUAGCCCUUAUGCUCACAGGUGCUGUUUGUAAAAUGGUGGUGUAUAAUUCAGAUGUGAUUAAUGACACAAAACCCUGACCUGGGAAAUGUUUUAAAUAGACAGAACAAAAUGCUAACAAGCUAAUGCCAACUAGAGACAAUUAAAGACUGUUAAAGUACACAAAACAAGUGGAAAGUCAAAACAAACUUGAAAUUGGUUAAAAGAAAAAAGCUAUUGUUUGAGUUUGAGCCUCUUUCAUAGUAUUGCAUAGAGGCAGGCAUGCCUCAGUGAAAGGAUGUUGAUGUUUUGUUGUUGUUCUUGUCUUUGGUGGAAUUGAAGAGAAUAUAUUUGAAUUUUUA